UUGCAGGAGGCUGAGCUGAAGAAUGUUCUUUUCAGUGCUGGAGAUCGGUUGAAAGUCCAAGGGAGGAUUAAUUUGGAUGCUGACAGAUUUCAAGUUGACUUGGGCUCCAUGUCCAGUGAACUAGCUCUUCACUUCAAUCCUCGUUUUCAUUACGGUGAUGACAAGACACCAGUUUUAGUGUGUAAUUCAAAGUGUGAUGGCGUCUGGAAGCAGGAGCAAAGAGAAACACACAACCCUUUCCAGCCAGGCUCUACUUUUAAGGUUGUAGUGAAGCACGCAGGAGAUCUGUUUGAGGUGAUGCUCCCGGAUGGGAAUAUGAUUGAGUUCCCCAAUCGUCAUGGCCUGGAAGUCAUAACUUACAUACGUAUCAAGGGUGACAUUAGCCUCACUUCUUUUAAGAUGAAAUGA